UUUUUUCUCUUUGUUUACUCUAAAGUAAUUUCUAAGCAAAAGAUUGCUCAUUCAUACCGCCCAAACGAGUGACGCAACUCGGCACAUGUGGAAGCUCAGAAAAUUCGUCUGCUACACCCCCACUCCCCACUCCAUUCUACUUGUGUUGCAAAACUUUGGUUGAAAAUAAUUUCAGUUCGUAAAUAUUUACUUCUGAAGGAUUUGUGCGAUGAUUUCAAGAUGGCACACAAUGAACGUUUUCUGUUGUGAAGGGGCUCUCCAAUUAUCCAUGUUCGAAGCUGUGAGGUGGAUUUGAAAUGGCACCAAUAGCACUGUUGUUCAUGUGACAGUCUUUUUGAGAUGUCUUUACCAUCAGAUGACAAAGGCUACCCACAAGUCAAGUUUUUAAUCAAAGACCCGAAGUUUUGGGUAUAAGUACUUUUAUCAUUGAGGAUAUCCCAUCAAGAUACAAAAUGACUAUGUCAGAUACCAUUCAUACCAUCGAGUGGGACAUGAUGGACAAAAGUAAAUUUUUCCCUCUUAGCAUGUUAAGCUCGUUCACGGUACGAUGUUGCCUUUAUCCUCUUACUGUAAUAAAAACUAGGCUCCAAGUGCAGCGGCAUGAUCAAAUGUACAAAGGCAUGGGUGAUGCCUGGAAGAAGAUAUACACCAUGGAGGGUGUUGGAGGCUUGUAUCGUGGAUUUUGGAUUAGUUCUAUUCAGAUUGUGUCAGGUGUUUUUUACAUUACUACCUACGAAGGUGUGAGACAUGUGCUUGGACAAGCUGGAUUUAACCCUCGACUCAAGGCUCUGGCUGGAGGGGGGGCAGCCUCUUUAGUAGGACAAACAAUUAUUGUCCCUUUUGAUGUUUUAAGUCAGCAUCUAAUGGUGUUAGGAUUUACCAAACAAGGGGUCAAACCCAAUGCUGAGAUGGUUAUGAACCCACUAGGCAUUGCAUUGGAUAGAAAUAAUUCACGGUUCAAGACAACAAUGGAUAUAGUCUCUGCCAUAUAUCGUAGAGAUGGGCUCACAGGUUUUUAUCGGGGCUAUGUUGCCUCUCUCUGCACUUAUGUUCCAAAUAGUGCAAUGUGGUGGGCCUUCUAUCAUGCAUACCAGGAGGAACUCCACCGAAUACUACCCAACAAUGUGUCUCAUUUACUGAUACAGUGUAUUGCUGGGACUUUAGGAGGUUUCACCACAACAGUAAUCACUAACCCUCUUGACAUAGUCCGUGCAAGGUUACAAGUUCAGAGGAUAGAGUCAAUGCAGAAGACUUUCCGAAUAUUGUGGAAAGAGGAGCACAUGCGCAUUUUCACAAAGGGUCUCUCUGCUCGUUUAGUGCAGUCUGCUUGCUUUUCCUUUUCCAUCAUACUUGGAUAUGAAACUAUUAAAAGAAUUAGUGUGAAUGAGGAAUUUAAAGAACAUGUACAUUGGUAGGAUUAAAAUAUUUCUUAGGAAAUGAGAGAUUAUGUUCAGACUUUGGUAAUAUUAUUUAUUUUCUUCCAACAAAGCAUAAAGAUCAAUCAUGUCUGCUUAAAUUUUCCUUAAAACGAUGCUUUCACUUCAUUGUCUUUGAAUUUGUUUGGACCAGUAACUGUUUUGGUACUGAAAUAACAUGGUCUGUGCAAAUCUUCUACAGUGUAAUCAUGCUGUCGUCAAACUCAUGACUAGGAUCCCCUUUUAUUUUAGAGUCUUCAAUUUAUGAAAUAAAGAAAGCAACCAUUUUAUAUUAUCUUAUUUUCUUCAUCAAGGUAUUUAGUUUCUUCAACAAUGUAUAGGCACCAAGACUGAUUUGAAUUAUUAAACCAUGCAUUAUACUGAGUGUGUCAAAUUGAUUUUGAAACCAGAGUGUUCUGUAAUUUUCUUGUUGUUCAAAGUUUUGUUUAGCAUACAGUAUCAUUGAGUUGACAACCCAAAGAUUUCAUUUGAUUGCUAAUGUCCAGAGGAAUGUGAUUGCUGCUUUUUGUCUGUUGAAGGAGAAAAGCCAUGCACAGAGUUUGUGUUAAGGUUUCAAAUAGGUAUUAAAAACAACGUUUGUAUUGCACAGUGGUAUGUUUAGUAGUCAUGCUUUUAAUAAAAAUAGUUAAUAUUUCAUAUAGAAAAAUGACGACUCUUAAAAAUUUCAAAAGUCAAAAGUUACAUUUGUCAAGUAUUUUUAAUAUUUCUUUACCAAAUGUGUUUUUGUACAUUGUCAUGUUACUUUAAUUCAGCUAGUGGCUGUGACAAUACUGGUAUGAAAAUUUUAAUGCUUUUUAUGUUGAAUUGAAUGUUCCCACCUGUUAUCAAUGGAAAUGUGUUGGUACAGUCAACAUGUCUCACUGUGGGCUGUGUGUUAUGUGUCAUCCAUUCUGUUUUAUGAUUUGUCCAUCUUAAUUUAUUGCCUGUAUCAUGCGCGGGAGUGACUACUAAAAUUCAAACGUUUCAAUGCUGCUUCAGUUUGAGAAAAGCCUAGUUUAAUGCUUUAUGCACACCUGUUUAGUUCGACAAAUAUUUCUGUUCAGUUAUAAAUGCAUUCAUGAAACAUUAAUUUAAGUGACCAUUGUUAAGUAAACCAUGCGUUCCAUAUUACAAUGUUGCUUUACCUUUCUGACAUGGUGGCAUUCAAAUCAUGAGUUUUCAAACCAGGUUCUACCCCUUACCAUUUGUCAUAAUUUAGUGUCGGAGAGAGAAACUUCUCGCUCAAAAUGUACUGUAAAACAAUCUGGGACUGAAAUCAUGCAUGUCACCGGACUGUUCUUUUCUUCUGCACUGUCAGAAGAUGGCGCUACAUUUAUCUAAUAGUUAUCCUCAAAGUUCUGCCACUUGUUAAAUUUUGUUGUUGUUAUGUUUAAACAUUCUGGUCAAUUAGUACCUCUUCUUAUUUUCUUUAGUUAAGUAUUAUUGAGUUAUUUUUGUUGUAAAAUGUAGGAGGUUUUUUUUUGGUUAAUUGAUUAUGUGCCUUAAGUUUUAAGGAUAAACAAAAAGAAAUUGAGUCAAGGGAUGUUGGUAUGGUAGCCAAACAACCUGACUCUUUUAAGUUCUGACACUGGUGGACAAUACUCCUAGAUUAGAGCAAUGCUUGUCAUUCCAAGGUGUGCCUCUUUCAUAAGCCCGUAGAUCAAGUUCCUGUUAUGCUAGAAAACUGUGAUGUGUUAAAUAAUCAUUGGCAAGCUGCGUUAAGAUUACUUGGAAAUCAAGUGGCCUUCAAGUGGGGGCUUCAUGUCUUUUGAACUUUUGAAGCUGAUUGUACUUUUUGUGGAUAAGCUGGCCACCUUGAAUGGAAACAAAUAUAGAUAUUAAGGGCACAUUGUUCUGGUUGCUACUAGGUAUUGAAUUAAAUCUUCUUCGUCUGCUCAACAAACAGACCAUAAGUCCAAGGAUCCUGUCCAAGGAUGUCAGUAGAGGUUGACCAUUUUUAGUUCUAUUUGUUUUGUUUCAUGUGUCAGGCAGAAUGUUAAUACGCACUACGUGGCAACAUUGUUGAUGUUGAGAGAGGGUGUUACUUGUGUCGUUAAGUGGUGCUGGUCACCACCUUUUUAUUAAAGAAACGUUUUGAAAA